AAGAGAAUAGAUAUAAUUGGUGAACAUAUUGUUAAUUCAUUCAAUUCAAAGUCAACAACAACUAGUGGUAUUCCAGUAAACAUGUCAACGACGUCAAACUCUGAUGAUAAUGAACCAAUAUUGUUGCAAUCACACGAGGGAUCGACAACAGUGAUCACACUAAACAGAAAGAAACAAUUGAAUGUACUAAACACAGACAUCUUUGUUGGUCUCAACAAACUCUUGCUCAACUUUGCCAAGAAUACCAAUGCCCACCUCCUAAUCCUCAAGGGCAGUGGAAACAAGGCAUAUUGUGCAGGUGGAGAUAUCAAAGAGCUCACAUCACAGACUCGCAAGCUUGGAUACUCAUUCCCCAAGUACUUCUUCACACAUGAAUAUAACAUGGACUAUACUGCUGCCACUUUGAGCAAGCCAAGGAUCGUCAUUUGGGAUGGCAUUGCAAUGGGCGGUGGAUUGGGAGUAUCGAUACACUCAACCUUCAGGAUAGUCACUGAGAGGACAAUCUGGGCGAUGCCAGAAGUUUCCAUUGGAUUGUUCCCAGAUGUUGGUGGAUCAUACUUCUUGGCCAGAUUGCCAGACUCACUUGGAAACUAUUUGGGUCUCACUGGAAAGUCGAUAUCCGGUGCUGAUUGUCUUAAGUUUGGCAUUGCUACACAUUAUGUACAUUCAUCCAAACUUGUAGAGUUGGAGAAUAAGUUGAUAUCAUCAGUCAAUUGUCAGGACUUUAAUAGAAUCGAAUCGAUCAUUAAUGAGUAUGCCUCAGUGCCAACUGAGCCAUCCAAACUAUAUAACGAUUGGCCACUCAUUCAACAAUGUUUUGCCAACAAAUACAACAAUGUAAAUGAGAUCCUGGACUCUCUAAAGGCCUCCAACACCAAAUGGGGAGCAGAUCUCAUCAAGCUCAUUCGUCUCAAGUCUCCAACAAGUGUCAAGAUUGCAUUUAGACAAGUCAAGGAAGGAGUGAACAAGACAUUGGAGGAGGUGUUUACGAUGGAGUAUAGGAUUGCUAUACGUUGUUUGGAGUCGCCAGACUUCUUUGAAGGUGUUAGAGCAGUUGUUGUGGAUAAGGAUCAAAAGCCAAAGUGGAAUCCAGCAACAUUGGAAGAGGUCACCGAUGAACAGGUGGAGCGAUACUUCUCCGCCAUGCCAGUGGGUCAAGAACUCCAACUUGGCAGUCCAUUCAAUGUCACUGGCCUUCAC